GCAGAUUGCUGUACUGAGAGGUCUUAGAUCGUCUCGAUCGAGCAUGACCCUUUCCUCUCUAUUGUCAUAGAUGUGCCUCCCCAGGAGGAGCAUGAUCGGUUGGUCUUCUUUUCUUUCCCACGAUCCACCCUAGUGUAUUUGUCCCUUCAAGGUUCCUCUUUCACCUUUCCCUUUUCGCCUCGAGUCCGAUCCUCCGUUGUUUGCUUUAUCCCCGUUUCUGGUCGUCUUACACGCCCGGGUUGAAGCAUGUCCGAACGCGGUGUCACGUCCUAUCGUUCUAUCGCGCCCAAGGCAGCCAAGGAAGAUGAGGCUCGAGACCCUCCCCCGGCUCCCGAGAGUGGAAAGACACGGCGAGCGUCCACCGCGUGCCUUGAGUGCCAGCGGCUGCGAACAAGGUGCACCAUAAAAGAUACGGGAAUACCUUGCACCCAGUGCCGUGUUCACGGUCGUUCUUGCCAGGUCAAUGAGUCCAAGGACAAGCGCCGCAAGGCCGAACAAAAGCGCACCGAGGAACUCCUGAGGGUCUAUAAGAGCCUGAUAAAUGGCUUGAUGGAGACCAUACGAAUCGGAGACGGGGAGCUAACCCGGGAAGUCCUGUCUAGGAUGAGGCAGCCCACCGGGCUCAUCGAGCUUCAAGACAUCCUUAGCGAGUAUGUGACGCUCUCUGUACCUGAGGAGGAGGAGGAAGAGGAGGAGGGCGAGGACGAGGUGAUGUAUGAGCUCGAAAGCGACGAGUCCGAUGAAGAGUCAGACACCAACUCUCCCGAGACCCCGCCGAUAAACCAACAAAACCUCUAGGGUUAGCCUAAGCUCGCUAGGAAGUCGCUCGUUUCAUGCAGCAA